CAGUUGGCCGUUGUGUCGUGUCUGACUAGGGUGUAGAGAGUCCAGAGAGGCCAGUGCAGCAGGCAGGCAGGCAGGCAGGCACUGAGGGGGGGAAUAGAGCGAGCAAAUGCUCCGAGUCAAGCCAUAGAGGAGACGUGUUCAGCGUGGCUAAACCAUGCUCACUGGGUGGGUUAGAGACUCAGCCGGGGACACAAGAUGAAGGUGGAGAGGAAGACAUCUCCACGCCACAGAGCGACAGGCGUUCCUCCGCUGCUGACGUUCCUGGGCCUCUCCCUCCCUCUGCUCUUCACAGGCGGGGUGUCGGGGGUGAACGUGACCAGCCAGGCCCAGCUGGUGAGGGGCGUGGUGGGCAGAGACGCCCUGCUGUCCGUCAGCUACACCAGCACCAGCCUCGACCAGCCCGUCAUCAAGUGGCAGCUGAAGAGGGAAGGGGAGAAGUCGGUGACGGUGGUGCAGUCCAUCGGCACCAGCAUCAUAGGGAACCUGCGGCCCGAGUACCGCGACCGCAUCCUGCUGUACGAGAACGGCUCGCUGCUCAUCCACAACCUGCAGCUGUCGGACGAGGGCGUGUACGAGGUGGAGAUCUCCAUCACCGACGACAGCUUCACCGGGGAGCACUCCAUCGAGCUCACCGUGGACGUUCCCGUGUCCAAACCCUUCGUCCAGAUGAUUGCCUCCUCGGUCCUGGAGUACAGCGAGCACUUCAGCAUCCACUGUGCCCACAACGAAGGCACCAAGCCCAUCUACAGUUGGAUGAAGGGAGAUAACAUCCUGACCAAUGACACGCGUCUCCUGCUAUCACACGACCAAAAGGUGCUGACCAUCGUGCGAGUGCAGAUGGCCGACGAUGACGUCUACACGUGCAUGGUGGACAACCCCAUCAGCAGCACCAAGAGCGUGCCCGUCAGGCUCAGCGUCUACCGACGAAGCUCGCUAUACAUCAUCUUGUCCACCGGGGGCAUCUUCCUGCUCAUCACUCUGGUGACUGUGUGUGCCUGUUGGAAACCCACCAAGAAGAAACGUCGGUCGGUCCCUCAAAGAGUCCCCGUCUAUGAGGAGCCAAGUGAAAAUGGCCACGAUAUUGAUGUUGUGCCCAAACCAUCCACUCUGGGUCGAAGGAGCCCUAUGCCUCUCUACGUUCUCAACGAAGAUGAGACUCUGGAGCGGUUAGAAGAAUGUUCCGGUAACUUACACGUCCCACCAGAUAUGAACUGUGCCCCCGUCUACAUCUCCACCCAACCCCCGGCCUUCAACGCCUCCGACAGGCCCCUGUGGUCGGCCCCUCGCAGGUACCCCCGCAGCCCCGCCCACUCCCCCAUGGCCCACCCCCUCCCCAUCAGGCCCCCCGGAUCAAGCCCCGCCCCCCUGAUCCCCAUCCUAUCGCCGCCCCACUCUCCGGGCUCGUCAUCGCUGCACGCCUUCAACCCCAUAAGGAAGCUCCGCUCCCCGGUGGGGGCCUCGGCCGGCCAGCUGGCCCACAGGGGGGCUGGGAGCCCCCUGACCACCGAGGGGGCCCACUCUCCCACCCUGCAGUGACCCGCGCACACACAAGAAACAAACAAAAGCACUCACGUACGCACGUGAUGCCCCGCACGCACACACACACACACACACGUACACAUACACACACACAUAAACACACACAUACACACACGCAUAAACAUACACACGGACAAACGCAUGCGCGCACACACACACACACGCACACACACACACACACACUAAUGCAUGCACACACAAACCCCUAAACACACACACACACACACACACACACACACACACACACACACACAUACACACACACACACACACACAGAUAGUUACUUAUUCAUAUCCCAAUGCAUUUUAUUCAGUAUAUUCUGUAGAAAGAAUCUUAGUAUGUUGUAGAACUUUUGUUAAAUUAUGAAGGGAAGUGACCAGGAUUUCAUUGAAUGUGAUAGAAGGUUGUUUUUUAUGUGGCUGUCUAUGUCACGAUCUAGUCAUGGGCCUCUCUUCUCCAUCGUCUUUCAUCGUUUCAUAUUUAUGUGUGAAUUUUUCUGUUACUUUGACAUAAGAAUAAUUCCCAUUCCACCAGCAUAUUUGCUAGCCUUGUACCAGACAAUUUCUAGCCUCUUGAUGGUGAUUUCCUGCAGACUUUUGAUAUAAGUGCCUGUAUAUAUGUAAAUGAUCGUUGUUUGUUUAGGUGGGUUGUUAAAUUGUUUUCCUUGUUUUCAUUUUAACUGAACCUGUGCAUUUUUGUUGUUUGGUCAUCACAUAACAUCAAAAUAAAACAAUAAACUCCAA